AUCAUGGGAUCGAGACAUAUGAGAGCUGCCCCGUUAUUCGUCUGAGUGACUCUGCACUCGAUAUGAGGCACUUCUUGAAAACGAUCUAUAACUUCUCGUACUUUCGUCCGGGUAUGAAGGCCAAAUUCCCCGUCGUCGCAGCAGUUCUCCGUCUUAGCACUAAAUACGAAGCUCCCGCUCUUCGUCAACGUGCUAUCGAUCUGCUCGCCACUGCGUACCCAAGUACGUUGGCUGCAUGGGACACGAGGUCGAGAUUGCGUCUUGUCCCACCUUUCGAAGCUGAAAUAGGAUCUCUUUUUGCGUUGGCCAUCGAAACAGACGUCCGAGCUAUUCUACCUGGGCUCUAUUAUGCGGCAAGCAAGCGAUCACUCUCUGCAAUGCUCACUGAACUGCACAGCCUUCCUCUGAAUGAAACAGUGCGCCAAGACGUUAUCUCGAAGUUUGUUGUAGGGCAAGACAAGUUACACCGCGCAGAGAUCAAGCACAUUCUUUUAUUCCUCGAUCCGUCGUACCAACGCGCAGGAUGCCGAACUGCCACUGACAUUGGCCGUCUUCAAAGUCAAGCUUCUGCUUGCAUUUUGAAGACUGUCGACGUCACUGAAUCGUACCAACAAUGGUGCAACGACCACCCGAAUGACGUAGGUGCAUCGCUAUUCGUAUGUGAGAUAUGUUGCACGUUGGUGGCGAACACAAUCAAGGAGGGUCGACAGAAAAUAUGGGAUUCACUACCUGAAAUGUUCGGGUUACCGGCAUGGGAAACGUUACUUGCGGAAAACGAUCUCGAGGAAACCAUAGGACCAGACAGUGGUAAGACUUUUGAUGCCUAACGGUCUUAAUGACUGGUCCAUUGCACCUCAGCCAGCCUUCAUCCGGGGUGUUGAAUUAUGGGCAGAGUUAAAGAGGCGGGCCCAAGUGUGUCAUGACUGAGGACACAUCGAUGUUCAUUUCCGUGACAUACUUAGCACACUCUGAAUCAACCAGGGCACAUCCGAAGAACAUGUACAAUAUCAGGCUUUCAGAGGGCAGAAGUAUGGAGAAGCGCUUGCAUU